GUAUGUGGGGGCGGAUCAUUUUUAUCGUCGGCACCGGGUUUGACCUCGUCCAGAACACUGCCGUGAAAGUGGUGCCCUCCAGCGAGCAGUCAGGCGUCAUCAGUCCACUGAAGUCUGAAGUGGAGGUAAAAGGCGAAAAUGAUGCAGUAAUGCAGUUCUCCUCCCCGACGGUGAACGUGACCGAUGGGAUAGCGCCUCUCAGGACCUACAUCGUCAUGGACAACAUUGAGCUUGAGCUCAAGCCUUUUGACUACCACCCGGAUCCUACGUUUGAAGAGAACCAAAAAAGGAUUGUUUCAGAGAACAGCAUCAUAUCUGUAACUGGUAAAGGUUUCGCCAAAGCAAUGACAGCCCAAGAAGCAGAAGCCUUUGUGGGAGACGUCUCUUGUGGGGUCAGCAUCUUACAGAAUGACAAGCUCUUCCUGGACUGGACCCAACCAACAUCUUGCUUCAAGAGGCCCAAGAGAGACACAAAGGCAGAUUUGCUGGAACUUAAGAUUAAGUUCGGCCAUGGGCAGUGGAUUGUAGGCUCAGUGGAGUAUGAAAAGAAGACUGAGGCAUCCUGGACAUCUCCCCUGGACAUCAUAAUUCCUGAAGUGAUUGCCCCGAUGGUGGGGAUCACCAUAAUCAUAAUCAUAGCCUCAGUGUGCUGCUACAGGAAGCAAGCUGAGAGAGAAUAUGAGAAACUGAGGCAGCAGCUCGAGAACCUGGAGGGGAGCGUUCGUGACCGCUGCAAGAAGGAGUUCACAGAGCUCAUGAUUGAAAUGGAGGACCACACCGGUGACCUCAGUGAACCCUGUAUCCCCUUCCUGGACUACAAGACCUACACAGACCGCGUUUUCUUCCUGCCUUUCAAGAACAGCGCCAGUGACGUGAUGAUCACUGGCAAGCUGGACAUUCCUGAGGCGAGGAGGGCCACAGUGACGCAGGCCCUCAACCAGUUCCUCAACCUGCUGAAUAGCAAGCCUUUCCUUCUCAGUUUCAUCCGCACCUUAGAGGGGCAUCCUGACUUCAAUGCCCGGUCAAAGGGCUACUUUGCCUCCCUGCUGACGGUGGCGCUUCACAGCAAGUUGGACUACUACACAGACAUCAUGAGGACACUCCUGUUAGAACUCAUGGAACAAUAUGCCCGGAGCAAGAACCCCAAGCUCAUGCUGCACAGGUCAGAGACGGUGGUGGAGAAAAUGCUGUGCAACUGGAUGUCUAUCUGUCUCUAUCAGUUCUUGAAGGACUCGGCAGGAGAGCCUUUGUACAAGCUGUUCAAAGCCGUCAAACACCAACUGGAGAAAGGCCCAGUGGAUGCUGUCAUGAAAAAGGCCAAGUACACGCUGAAUGACACUGACCUGCUGGGGGACGACGUGGAGUACUGUAUGCUGACUCUGCAGGUCCUCGUUCACGGGGAAGGGCCAGGUGUCACUUUGGUCAAGGUACUCAACUGUGACACCAUCUCCCAAGUGAAGGAGAAGAUCCUUGAGCAAGUGUACAAAAAUGUGCCCUAUUCUCAGAGGCCCAAGGUGGAAAGCAUCACUCUCGAAUCUGCUGGGCAGAUUCUGUCGGACCUUGACUUGACAUCGCAAAAGGAGGGCAGAUGGAAGCGCAUGAACACUUUGGCCCACUAUGACGUGCGAGACAACGCCACUCUCGUCCUGUCUAGGGUCCUGCAUCCUCUGCAGUCUUAUGACCAGCACCAGGACAGUCAUGAAGAGAGAAAUGCUCUGCUUGAAGAGGACAAGGUGUUCCACCUGGUGCGGCCAGCAGAGGAGGUGGAUGAGGUCAAAUCCAAGAGGGGCAACAUGAAGGACAAGUCGAUGACCAAAGCCAUCACAGAGCUUUAUUUGAUGCGGUUGCUGUCUGUCAAGGGCACUCUACAACAGUUUGUGGACGACUUCUUCCGCAGUGUCCUCUGUUCAUCCGUUGGGCCUCCAGCAGUCAAGUACUUUUUUGACUUCCUGGACGAACAGGCACAGAAGCAUGACAACGUGGAUGACCAGACCAUUGACAUCUGGAAGACCAGCAGCUUGCCUUUGAGGUUCUGGGUGAACAUCCUGAGGAACCCCCACUUCAUCUUCGACAUUCACGUGAACGAAGUGGUGGACGCCUCCUUGUUUGUUAUUGUCCAGACCUUCAUGGAUGCCUGCACCAAGAGCGAGCGCAAGUUGAGCAGGGAUUCCCCGAAUCACAAAUUACUCUAUGCAAAGGAAAUCUCCACAUACAAGAAGAUGGUGGAGGAUUACUACAAGGGCAUCAGGGAGAUGGUGCCCGUCAGCAACCAGCAUAUGAACACCCACUUAGCGAAGGUGUCACGGUCUCACACAGGCAAACUCAGCACCCAAGUGGCUCUGCAUCAGCUGUACCAGUAUGCAAACAAGUACUAUGAUGUGAUCAUCACCUCCUUUGACGAGGACCCCGCUGCCCAGAAUAAACAGCUUGCUCUGAGACUGCAGCAGAUAGUGGCUGUACUGGAGAACAAAGUGACAGACCCCUAACCUCUGUAGGAGGGCGGGGGCCGGUUUUGGUACUGUGGGGCCAGAAAUUAAAGCGGAGUUUAUUUCAUAUGGCCUGAGUCCUGAGUGGAAUAGCAAAGACGUGGGGAAGGGAAGGAAUGGGGCUGUUCCGAGGAAGCUCCCCCCCCCCAUCUUAAAUGUUUGUUGUGUCUGAAACGGUGUCACAAUUCCCUAACGGUUCUCAAAGUCGAUCCCCCUCCCUGUGCUGGUCCAGAUCAUACAACACGUGCCAAGGGGCCGAGGGAUCUGCAGGAGACACCACACCAGACGUUCUCAAUGAUGAGACAUGUGACCAUUGCAGCCCGGCCUUUGAAAUAAGCCCUUCCUUAAUUGCAGGCUUUAUCUGUUCAGCUGUUGUUAGUUGUUGUUGUUCAGUUAAAUGUUCAAUUUCUUCCAGUAUAAAAAAAGUUUAAGAAUAGUACAGAAUAUUAGAAUAAGAUUAAGAAUUAAGUUUAUAGUUUUUAUUGUGCAUUUUUUACCCAGAAAGCCUUAUAUAUUUACAUUUUUUGUUUUUGAUAUGUCAUAUUUUUGUGCCUGAUAAAUGUUCUCCAGUUGUUCAAUGAUGGGAAGGAUGGGACCUCUGUUUUGAAGUGAGAUAUAAAGUUAAGGGUCUGGAAUCUGUGUAUUGGACCGCCAGUGACCAAUGUGUUCAUUUCCUUGCCUGUUGGGCCUUCUUGUCCUCAUCCCCUGUACAAGGGGGUUGUGCAGAAAACAGCACUGCAGCAUGGGAGAGCACAUAUCGCAGUUAACCAUACUGUCAUAAGAGGCACCUCUGUCACUCUGCGGACACCCCCAUCUCUCAUUUUCGGUGGAGUAGAUGUAUCUAUUCAUGAUUAGAUCUCACUUUUUUAUUGUUACUUUAUCAUUAUUAUCUUUGCGACAGCUGUUGUUGCUCUCGGCUCUUUUUCCAAUGUCUACUUCAAAGUUUAAAGGAGUCAUACUGACAUUCUGAAAAAUGUUAGAAGUCUUUCA